AUGAUAUACUUGCUGUUUUUUUUUUCCUUACAAUUUCGGAGAGAAGAAUCCAGUCGGAACUUGCUCCUGAUGCUCAACGAUUGAAGAGAAUGACCAAAUCUCUCAAAAUUCCCCUUCAAAGGGUCAUCUUUGCACCUCCUGCUAUCAACCGUUUCUUCUGUACGCUUCCAAGUGCUACUGCCACCGGCACCGUUCCCACCACCGACGGCGCCAACCCCGCAGAGUCCCACUUGAGGCACUUAACGAAUCAUCUCCGGUACGGAUGGACGGAGGCAGCCCUAACGCUGGCCAAAACCCUAAUUGCUUCCCGCCGGGAUCUCUUCCCUUCUCCCAUCCAUCUAUAUCAAUCACUCUCCGCGUACUUCCCUCCUGUCUCCUCCCAAGCUGCUUCCCUGGUUGUUUCAGCUUGUGCGCAACUGCGCCUUGGUGAUGAAGGCCUUCGCCUUAUAUCUAUGUUAUCUACCGUUCGGCCCGAUCACUUCCCUUCUAUCUUCUCAUGCAAACAGCUCCUGGAAACUUUAGUUUCCGACCGUCGCUACUCGAAUGUGCUAUCAUUCUUCUCGCAAAUCCUUGCUGCCGGCGUUCGACCCGACAUUUUCACCUACAAUAAGGCAAUUGAAGCCACUGUUAAGUUGGGAGACGUAUAUGGAGCGCUGCAAUUGAUGAACCAGAUGGAGAAGAAUGAUGGGAUUCAUCCAAAUGCUUUCACUUUCAAUGUUUUGAUUUCUGGGAUGUGGAAGGAGAGCCGGACAGAAGAUGCUAAAAAGCUGUUCGAUGAUCUGCUGAAGAGAAAGGUAGCACCGAAACUUGUUACCUACAAUACAAUGAUCGAUGGGUAUUGCAAGGUUGGGGAUUUAGAUGCUGCUUUUAGGGUUCGAGACCAAAUGAUUACUGGUCUUGUCGAGCCAAAUCUUACUACAUUCAAUUCUCUGCUUUGGGGACUUUGUCAUGCAGGUAGGAUGGAUGAGACUGAGGAUUUGUUGGAGGAGAUGAAGAUGAAAGGCCUAACACCCGAUGGAUUCACUUACAGCACUCUUUUUACAGGGUAUUUGAGCUCUGGAAAGAAAAAAAGUUCCAUUGAUCUUUUUGAAGAGUGUGUCAGAAAAGGAGUACAACUUGAGCCACAUCCCUGUGGUGUUUUGCUCAGUGGACUUUGCAAGGAUGGGAGUGUCUUAAAAGCAGAGGAGGUCCUAAGAAGAAUGGUGAACAUGGGAUUGGUUCCAACUACUGUAAUAUACAAUUCUAUUAUAGAUGGCUACUGCAGGAUAGGGGACAUGGAAGGUGCCUUCUCAGCAUUAAGGAGGAUGGAAUCUUUGGGAUUGAAAGUUAACCACAUAACUUACAACUCACUGAUAAAUGGAAUGUGCAAGUUGCAGAGGAUGGCGGAUGCAGAACAUUUAUUGAAGACGAUGAAAGAGAAGGGAGAGGCUCCCACGAUAGAGACAAUGAACACUUUAAUUGAUGCAUAUUCUCGAAGUGGACAAUUCACAAGAUGUUUUGAGAUUAUUGAGGAGAUGGAAGAAAAAUUGAGUCUCAAACCUAAUAUUGUUUCUUAUGGGUCUGUAAUAAAUGGGUUUUGCAAGAGUGGAAAGCUCUACGAGGCAGAAGCACUCUUUGAAGAUAUUUUGAUCAGAGGUAUCAAAAUCAAUGAAAAGAUAUACAACAUGCUUAUUGAUGCAUACAGUACCAAUGGCAAUUUUAAGAAGGCCAACAAGUUAAUUCUCGACAUGAAGAGGGUUGGUGUUUGUCCAAGCAUUGUAACUUAUAAUUCUCUUAUUAAAGGUCUCUGUGGAAAAGGGCGCUUGUCUAGUGCUGAAGAGUUGACCGGCACGCUAAGAAGUGAUGGUCCGAGCCUUGAUGUCAUCACAUACAACACAUUGAUGGCUGCAUAUUGCAAUUCCAACGACAUUCAGAAAGCUAUUGAAUUAUACAAAGAGAUGGAAAAAAAUGGAAUCAAACCUAAUUUGGCUAGUUAUUAUAUUUUGAUAAGUAAAAUGUGUACGGAUGGAAGAAUACAGGAUGUUGAUAAUCUAUAUAAGGACAUAUUACAGAAUAAGAUUGAUCCUGACAGGCAUCUGUAUAGUAUUAUGAUAUCUGGUUAUGCUGGAAUUGGAAAUCAUUCUAAGGUCCUUGCUCUGCAGGAAGAGAUGAGGAAGAGUGGAAUACCCUUUGAUGAGACUAUCAAGAUACUUGGAUUUAGGAGGAGAAAGACAGAAGAAAAGUGGUUUUCAUAAUCAAGUGGAAAAAUUAGCUGCCAGUCCUUGCUAUAGAUUUACUUGAUGAAACUUAUGCUUUCGAGAUUCUAUGGAAGAUUAUAUAAGAGCAAGAAAGUUGAAAACAGAAAUUGAUGCUUUACUUGUAUUAGACGAAGUACUGAUGAAAAUUGCCGUAGAUUGCUUCAUAUAUGCUGCCAAUACCAAUGCAGGAAGGUUGUGCCUCUGAACUAUAAAUUUGAAGCCGACCAGGUUCCCUAGAUAAGCAGGUACGGCCUUCUAUUUGAUAUCAUUUUAAACUUUCAGCAAUGGAAACCAAUCUGUGGUUGUAAAAUCCUUUUUUUUUUGUCUGAGAUAAAUUUUAUUUCCUUGAAGUUGAAGUCAAGAGUUUGGUAAGUUUGUUUUCU